UUAAACAGUUCAGGAAGCGGAACCAUAGAAACGGCGAUGGAAGGAAACUCAGAGCAGCGUCCACUGUUCGGAGGAGCGUUUUCUGCCGUUUUGCCCCUCAAUGUCCAGGACGUCAGUGAGAUGCGGGAGGUCCCUGACAACCAGGAGGUCUUCGUCCACUCUCAGACGGAUCAGAGCUUCAUCGUGGAGCUCCUGGAGUAUCAGGAGGGGAUGUCGGACCCGGACGCUGCGAGAUACCACUUUGAAGACGUUGCUGCGAGCAAUGAUGCUGAGGGCAGAGCAGAGGUUGUGAGCGUGGAGCCCCUGCCCCUGGCACAGCUAUCUCUCACCAGCUGCUCCAGUGCAUGGGCACUUACAGGGCACCAGCUAGUCUCUAAGUUCAAUGAGCAGGCUCAGAAUACGGUGACUAUACAUAUGGCGAUAUUCCGUCUACAGCAGCACGCCACCGACCUGCUGGUCACCUUCAACGACCCUGCAGCCAUCCAUCCGGCCAGCAGUAGUAAUGUGGACGCUGGGACUUCUGGAAAUGCUUCUGCUUGGUCUCUGGAUGAUUUCCACCGUCUCCUGUGCAGUUUUCAGCUUCAUGAUCCCGGUAUCUUUGGCUGAUGUGACGUGUCUGAUGGAUGAUGACGAUGACGACGCGGUGGGCUCUGCUGGUCAUCCCCUCCAGUUUUCUUCCUCCUUGGCUCUGACCUUGGACUGCCUGUGGUCGGAUAGGAGGACGAUGCGUAUUUCUUAAAAUUGACUCCCUGCAGUGCAGGAUGGAAGGACUAUAGCACUGAUCUUGUGGAUCCAAGGACCUGGGUUUCGUUUAACCCUUUCACUAAUUCUACAUAUAUUUAGAAAUAUUAAUUUUGAGAAUAAAACAUUUUCCAGA